AUGGCAUCCCUAAAGCCCAUCGUCUUCCUCUUGUCCCUCCUCUCCCUCGCCCAGGCAAGCCCCCUGCACCACCCCCGGGAUGAGGUCACGACGUUCGACAACAACGUGAUCUUCGUGCCGCCCUCGGACUACACCGACCCUCGGGUCCUGUACCCGCGCACCACGGAGCUCACGCUCAACGACAAUGUGCUCCUCGCGACGUGGGAGAACUACUCGCCCGAGCCGCCGCUGGUCUACUUCCCCAUCUACAAGUCGGUCGACCACGGCGUGACGUGGGAGUACAUCUCGAACGUGACCGACGACGUCAACGGGUGGGGCCUGAGGUAUCAGCCCUUCAUCUACGAGCUGCCCGUUGACUUUGGCGGGUACAAGGCCGGCACGGUCCUGGUAGCGGGUAACAGUAUCCCUACCGACCUGAGCGAGACCAAGAUUGAUGUGUACGCGAGCACGGAUGCUGGGUACACUUGGGAGUUCGUGAGCAGUGUUGCAAGAGGAGGCGAGGCGCUGCCGAACAACGGGCUGACGCCUAUCUGGGAGCCAUAUAUCGAGAUCUACGAGGACCAGCUCGUCCUGUACUACUCGGACCAGCGCGACCCAGACCACGGCCAGAAGCUUAUUCACCAGACGACGACCGACCUGCUCACCUGGGCCGACCCCGUCGACGACGUCGCCUACGAUGAGUACACGGACCGCCCCGGCAUGACCACCAUUGCCCAGCUGCCGACCGGCGACUACAUCAUGACCUACGAGUGGGGCCACAACUUCUCCGGCAGCUACUCCUUCCCGGUGACGUACCGCAUCAACGCGAACCCGCUCGACUUCGACAACAGCGAGCCGGUGGGCAUCGUGGCCGCCAACACGGGCACCACCCCUACCGGCUCCCCCUACGUCGCCCUCGGCGCCGCCGACCAGUGGUUCGAGCGCGAGACCCCGCAGCCCGCCGCGUACACGCGCCACCUGCGCGUCUUCGCCGAGGACCCGGACAAGCUGCUUAUCAAUGGCGCAGGGAAGCUGCCGCCGUCGACCACCAACGAGGUGUCGCUGUCGGUGGUCUCUAUCGAGGGGCUGCUCUCGUCGUGA